AUGGGAGAGCAUGAAGAGAAUGUGCAAGGACUUUCUGUGCUGCUGAUGUUGCCAUUGGGAAUUGUAGCCCUGAACCCUGGAGGACUCUUGGUGCUGCUGCUGUUUCCAAUGGGACCUGUAACCCAGAAGAGUAAACCCUGUGCUCGGUGGUGCCCUGCGAACUCCUCAUGUGUCAAUGGUACUGCCUGCCGCUGUGCUCCGGGAUUCAGUUCUUCAUCUGGGGAGAUCUUCACCAACCCCUUGGAGAGCUGUGAUGACAUCAAUGAGUGUGGACCACCCUUGCAAGUGUCCUGUGGAAAAUUCGCAGACUGCCAGAACACGGAAGGGGGCUACCACUGCACGUGCAUCAAAGGAUAUGAGCUUAUUUCUGGGGCAACAACGUUCAGGAACGCGAGUGAGAACACGUGUCAAGACAUCAAUGAGUGUGGACCACCCUUGCAAGUGUCCUGUGGAAAAUUCGCAGACUGCCAGAACACGGAAGGGGGCUACCACUGCACGUGCAUCAAAGGAUAUGAGCUUAUUUCUGGGGCAACAACGUUCAGGAACGCGAGUGAGAACACGUGUCAAGACAUCAAUGAGUGUGGACCACCCUUGCAAGUGUCCUGUGGAAAAUUCGCAGACUGCCAGAACACGGAAGGGGGCUACCACUGCACGUGCAUCAAAGGAUAUGAGCUUAUUUCUGGGGCAACAACGUUCAGGAACGCGAGUGAGAACACGUGUCAAGACAUCAAUGAGUGUGGACCACCCUUGCAAGUGUCCUGUGGAAAAUUCGCAGACUGCCAGAACACGGAAGGGGGCUACCACUGCACGUGCAUCAAAGGAUAUGAGCUUAUUUCUGGGGCAACAACGUUCAGGAACGCGAGUGAGAACACGUGUCAAGACAUCAAUGAGUGUGGACCACCCUUGCAAGUGUCCUGUGGAAAAUUCGCAGACUGCCAGAACACGGAAGGGGGCUACCACUGCACGUGCAUCAAAGGAUAUGAGCUUAUUUCUGGGGCAACAACGUUCAGGAACGCGAGUGAGAACACGUGUCAAGAUGUGAAUGAAUGUACCUCGGGGAGAAACCCAUGCCACAGCUCCACCCACUGCUUCAACCUCGUGGGCACCUAUCAGUGCCACUGCCGCCCUGGCUGGAAGCCCAUUCCUGGGUCCCCGAACGGCCGAAACAACACUGUCUGCGAAGAUGUGGACGAGUGCAGCUCCGGGCAGCAUCAGUGUCACAGCUCCACCUUGUGCGCCAACACUAGGGGUUCAUACACGUGUGACUGCCGCCAAGGCUGGGUGCCCAAACCCGGAUUCCAGAAUAAACAAAACACCACCAUCUGCGAAGAGAUCUUCCCCACCUGGACCGCACCCCCUGGAAUCAAGAGCCAGAGGCUCUCUCACUUCUUUAACAAAAUCCACGAUCUGGGCAGAAACUUCAGUUCAGCCCUUGUCCAGGGCACGAUCCAGGACCUCGUACAGGAGCUGGGUGAUCUGCUGGAGACCCCUGGGGACCUGGAAACCCUGCCCCACUCCGAGCAGCACUUUGUGGCCUCUAGCCUGCUCUUUGGCCUGGAAAAUGUCCUGAGAGGGCUGAGCAAGGCCCUGCCCAAUGGACCACUGACUUUCAGUUCAUCUGCAGGCACAGAACUGUCACUGGAGGUGCAGAAGCAAGGAUACAGGAAUAUCACCUUGAGUCAAAAUCAGACAAAGAUGUUGCUGACCUGGGAUACAGUGCAUGAUUCUGGUGACUCAGGCCCUACUGUGGUGGGCCUUCUGUCCACUCCAGGGAUGAGCAAGUUUCUGGCUGAGGGCCCCCUGGUCCUGGAUACUGAGCAACAGGCAGAUCUGCAUGAGACACCCCAGGGCUUGGUGCAGAAAAUCUCACCUGUCCUGCUGUCAGAUGUUGUAUCCGCCUUCAUCAGCAACAAGGACACCCAGAACCUGAGGUUCCCAGUUACCUUUGUCUUCCAGCAUUCAGUGAUCCCUGAGCCAAGGAAGAAGGUAUACUGUGUCUUCUGGGAGCAUGGCCAGAAUGGAAGUGGUCACUGGGCCACCAGAGGCUGCAGAAUGGUGGGCACCAGCAACAACAACACCACCUGCCAGUGCACCCAUCUCAGCAUCUUUGCCGUCCUCAUGGCCCACGACGAUGUGCAGGAGAAGGAUCCUGCACUGACAAUGAUCACCUACGUGGGGCUGAGCCUCUCUCUGCUGUGCCUCUUCCUGGCGGCCCUCACCUUCCUGCUGUGCAAAGCCAUCCAGAACACCAGCACUUCCCUCCACCUGCAGCUCUCACUCUGCCUCUUCCUGGCUCACCUGCUCUUCCUAACAGCCAUCGACAGAACUGAGAUCAAGGUGCUGUGUGCCAUCAUCGCGGGUGCCUUACACUACCUCUACCUGGCCUCCUUCACCUGGAUGCUGCUGGAGGGCCUGCACCUCUUCCUCACUGCACGCAACCUGACGGUGGUCAACUACUCUAGUGUCAACAGGUUCAUGAAGAAGCUCAUGUUCCCAGUGGGCUAUGGAGUCCCAGCUGUGAUUGUGGUCAUUUCUGCAGCAUCCAGGCCGCAUCUUUAUGGAACACCGACCAGCUGCUGGCUCCAACGAGAAAAGGGAUUUAAAUGGGGUUUCCUUGGACCAGUCUGUGCUAUCAUCUCUGUCAAUUUAACUUUCUUUCUGAUGACCCUCUGGAUUUUGAAAAGCAAACUCUCUUCCCUCAACAGUGAUGUGUCCACCCUCCAGAACACCAGGAUGCUGACAUUUAAAGCCACAGCUCAGCUCUUCAUCUUGGGAUGCACGUGGUGUCUGGGAAUCCUGCAGGUGGGAUGGGCUGCCCACAUCAUGGCCUAUCUCUUCACCAUCAUCAACAGCCUGCAGGGUGUCUUCAUCUUCCUGGUGUACUGCCUCCUCAGCCAGCAGGUCCGGGAGCAAUACAGGAAAUGGUUCAAAGGGAUCAAGAAAAUCGGAGCCGAAUCUGAGAAGUACACGCUGUCUAGCAGGGCCAUGUCAGAUGCCUGCAAAGACAGUGAGGUUAAUGAAAAAUACCUGGGCUUACCUGGUAGUGCAAUACUUGAAAAUCUGCCAGCCAAUGCAGGGGACUGAGGUUCAAGCUCUGGUCUGGGAAGAUCCUACAUGCUGCAGAGCAACAAAGCCUGUGUGCUACAAAAGUGAGCCAGUGCUCUAGAGCCUGUGAACCCCAACUAUUGAGCCCAUGUGCCACAACUACUGAAGCCCACGUGCCUAGAUCCCAUGCUCUGCAACAAGAGAAGCCACCGCAAUGAGAAGCCACGUACCACAACAAAGAGUAUCCCCUGCUCACCACAACUAGAGAAGCUUGUGCGCAGCAACAAAGAC